AUGCCGAACCGUAUGUACAAGAAACAAGAGUUACCUACAACAGCUCAACUUGCACAAACAAUUGCAGAAUAUAUAACAGACCAAGUUGAAAAAGCAACCAACACAAGCUGGGAGAACACAUCAAACAUAAUUACUGAUCCAAGGGUUGAAAGCAUACAAAUUGGACAGCUUUAUAAAGACAAAGACACAAUGAAACUCGCCAUAAGCCUCUAUGCCAUAAAAAUGAAUCAACAAUACAAGGUAAAAAGGUCAUCAUCCAAGGACUACAGCAUAAUAUGUGUUGACAGUAACUGCAAAUGGUACUUCCUAGCAUCAAAACAUGGCAAAACCGACAUGUUUAAGGUCAGAAAACUCAAUGACACUCAUACAUGCUCCCUAGAAAUCAUUUAUGAAGACCAUCCUCAAGCAACAAGUGACAUAAUUGCUGAUUGCAUCAAACGAAGGAUCAUAAACCCCAAAAGAAACUACAAACCAAAUGACAUUGUUGAAGACAUAGCAGAAGAUUACAGUAUCUCCAUCUCCUACCACAAAGCAUGGAGAGCAAAAGAAAAAGCUACUUUCGACGUUAAAGGAAGCCCAUAUGAUUCAUACAAUGAAAUCCCUGGCUUCCUAUACAUGAUUCAAAAAUGCAACCCAGGAACAAUAACAGAUCUUGUACAAGAUGAUGAGGGGAGAUUCAAAUACUGUUUCUUUGCAUUAGCAUCUUCUAUCAAAGGCUGGAAUCACUGCACACCAAUAAUAGUUGUGGAUGCAACUUUUUUGAAGAAUGCAUAUGGAGGUACUCUUAUAGUUGCUAAUGCACAAGAUGCUGACAGACAUAUAUUUCCACUAGCUUUUGCAAUAGUCGAUUCAGAAAAUGAUGCGUCAUGGCAAUACUUCAUGGAUAAACUCAAACAAACAUAUGGGAACGGGAAGAGCAAUGCAUAA